AUGCCAACAAAUUUAAUUAAAAUUGUCUGCAAACGUGCUGCAUUAAUGCGUGCUCCCUAUGCCCAAUCGUCAUGGACGAUCAACACCAGUACAAUUAAAAAAAAAUCAUCAUCACGAAAUAAAACGGCAAUUAGUAUUCCAAAAAAAACGAUUCCAUCAAAUGAUAAUAAUAUAAAAUUAGUAAAUAAAAAAAAUAUUAGUAAUGAUAUUUAUAUGCAAUUAAUUCAACUACUUGAUAUCAAUGAAAAUGGAAGACUUGUUUUGCCGUUUUCUCGUCGUUUGAUUCUUAUUGAUCGUCCACGUGAAAAUUUAUAUCAAAAUGCUGGUCACAUACAUAACAACAUUUCUUCACAAUGUCAAAGUCCACAAUAUGAACGUUCAACAUCAACUUCAGAAUCUUAUUUAACCAGUGUUGAUGAAAACAAUAGUGAACAUGACUCAUCAUUUCCAUCAAUAUCAUUACCACCGUCACCAUUUCUAUGUGAUCCUUAUGAAUCAUACGAUUGGGAAUGUUAA